AUGGCAACGGUAACACAGACCAUUGAUCGAGUGGAAGCGAAGAGAACCUUUGCUGCUCAGUUCGAAAGCAAAGAUCUUGUCACAUUUGACGCUGGCAAGCACUAUGGGGACUGGCGCGAUGAGUUCCACCGAAACGGCUGCGUAAUCAUCAAGGACGUUAUCAGUAAGGAGCGUGCCCAAUAUUACUGCGACAAGCAAAUCGAAUGGUUGAAGAGAUUUGAACUUGGCUUCGACGAGAGUGACCCUACUACAUGGACUGCGGAUCACCUUCCAGUCAGUUUCAAGGGAGGUAUGUAUUCCGCGUACGGUGCUUCUCAUGAGCAGAUGGCAUGGGAGGCUCGUAUGGAGCCAAGUGUCAUCGAUGUCUUUGAGAAGCUUUGGGAAACCAACGAACUCAUCACGUCAUUUGAUGGCAUGAACAUUUGUCACGUAACAGGGAUAGUAAUCGCACCUCACAAAGUGCCCGUCACCAUGCAAGCUGUUCAGGGUCUCUUGAACUUCGCGCCCAACGGCCCAGAUGAUGGUGGCCUGGUUCUGAUGCGUGGCUCAGCCAAGGUUUUCGAUGAAUUCUUCGCCCACAAGCGUGAAUCCGCCGACCAUGAAGACGCCCCGCCUCCAGAAAUAAAGUUCAUGGACCUCUUCCUCUUUAGCGAGAAGGAUGUUGCAUGGUUUGAAAGUAAGGGAUGCGAGCUCUUCAAGGUGAAUAUGGAGCCUGGCGAUUUCGUUCUGUGGGAUUCGCGGACUAUGCACUACGCCCGAUUUCCCGAAGGCGAUCAAAUUAGACACGUGCAGUACAUCUGUAUGACACCACGGAAAUUUGCGACGGAUGAGGCUUUAGCAGCAAAGAAAUAUUGCUUCGAGAAUUGGUUUGGCACGACACACUGGCCGCACUGGUAG